AGAUCUGGAGCUGUUGGGACAUUCUUUCAGGUCAAAAACGGAUUGGCUUUUUUUGGUAUUUUCCAGAUGUGGAGGCUGCGUAUUCAUUCGGGAAAUUGCUCGUGGUUUCCGAACCAGUCGGAUGGAGCAGAACAAGAAAGUUAGUCCAGAUUAUUGGGUGCGGUGGACCAGAGCAAACUGGCCAUGAGCCGCGAUGCCGCGGCCCUAGCGUUGGAGGCGAUUUUGGAUCGCGGCGAGAUUGGAAGUACCGCGUGGUUUUAUAUAGGGGUUUUACAUGGGUUUUUCUAUGGGUUUUUAUAUAGGUCUUUGUAUGUGUUUUUGUAUGGGUCUUUAUAUGGGUCUUUGUAUGAGUUUCUGUAUGGGUUUUUGUAUAGGGUGUUUGUAUGGGUUUUCGUAUUGGUUUUAUAUAGGGUGUUUGUAUGGGUUUUCAUAUUGGUUUUAUAUGGGGGUUUCUAUCGGUUUUGUGAAAUGAAGAAAGGUCGAUCAAAGCACGCGGCGUAUUGUGGCUAUUUUCUAUGUGAUGCUCGAAUGUUUCGAGAAGUCUGUGGAAUCCAUGCGUUGAGGCAGAAGUUUCAUUAGUCACCAGAGAAGCGAGCGCACAUCAUGAAAUCCCUGGUUAAGAAUGAAAACAUACACUCAUAA